ACUUUGGUUGCGACAGCCUUUGUCCGAUAAACGUCGCGUUUAAAACAAUCUCAAAGUAAUUCUACGGGAAUACGAAGAAUUUAAGCUUCGCCGUCAAAGAUAUGUGGCAAAAUUUCAGCUCCGACGAUGACGAUGAGGAAUUCGAUGAUGAAGAUAUUCUGUUGGAUUCUUUGGACAGAAAAGGAGAAGAAGUCAAACCGUGGGAUACGUUUCAAAUAAUUCACAGAAAGAAUAAACAGGGUUCUGCUGCCGAAGCGAAAUGGAUAGAUAACGGCGUGAAAGUGUUAAAACUCGCAACUAUCGUGCUAGUAUUUAUUACGGUACUUGGUUCAGCUGUCGUGUCUAAAGGGACGAUACUUUUUAUGGCAUCACAAGUGAAGAAAAACAUUACCAGAGCGUACUGUAAUCAAAAAUUAGAUGUCCAAAGACAAUACAUCGUAACGAUACCAGAUAACGAGAGGGCCGCCUGGAUUUGGUUGAUAAUCUUCACGUACUUCGUGCCAGAACUAUCCACUUUCGUGAGAUCCUUGCGGAUUUGUCUCUUCAAAACCUGGACGGUGCCCCGUCCCAUGUACUUUUUCUCUCUUGUAUUAACGGAGACACUUCCUGCAAUAGGAAGCGCUUUGUUAAUUUUUGCUGUACUACCAGAUAUGGAUGUCAUCAAGGCCGCCAUGUUAACAAAUGCCGUUUGCAUUAUACCGGCAAUAGGUAUGCUUUUAAAACAUUUGAAGUGGCCGAAAAUGGAUGAUUGCUUCACUAUGCUCAUAGACUUAGUUGCGAUUGUUGCGCAACUAUCUGCAUUGUUGCUAUGGCCGCUACUAGAAAAUAGACCAGAUUAUUGGCCCAUUUCAGCAGCAUUAGCAUUUAUUUCCUUCGGAUGGUGGGAAAAUUUCAUUCCAAUUAAUACUUCUUUGAAAUGUCUAACCCGAACGGCUCAAGAACGAAAGGAAUUUCCGAACAGCAAAUAUUUCUGUUACACUUUCAUUUCCGUGUGGAAAUGUUUAGUAUUUUUCGCGACUACCCUCGCUAUAUUGUAUAUCAGGGAAGGAGACGUUACUUUUUUGUUCGAGAAGUUCCAGGAAGCAUUUUCCUCAAGGUUUCUAAGGAUUGUAGAGGUGCAACCAAGCGUGAGCAGGUCUGACUCGAAAUACUCAGAAGCUGUGAGUACAGGGAAUUCAGAGAUAAUCGAAACUAAUGUCUGGGAUCAGUGGAUCGUAUGGUUUAUCAACAUAGGAGCUACUUAUAUAUGUUACGCCUCCGCAAAGUUUGCUUCUAAGGUCAUGAUUCAAGGGGCCAGCUUCGCAUUUCCCGUAUGCCUGUCUGUUCCGGUACUCAUUUCUGGAUUGGUGGCUAUGUGUGGCAUUUACACCAAAGACGAGUGUGCAUACACCAACGUGAUUCCGCCAUAUUUGUUCUUCAACACACUUCCGCUCACCUACUUAAGAGACUUUGUCGGUCACCACCAUACGUGGUUAUGGUUGCUGUGGCUUUUAUCGCAAGUGUGGAUCACGCAACAUAUCUGGUUCAACCGGAAUAAGGUACUGUCCACUACCGAAAAACUGUUUAUGAGGCCGAUGUACGACGCGUUCCUGAUCGACCAAUCGAUCGCUUUGAAUAGGAGAGUUUUGGUGGAAGAGGUUGAAAAACAUACCCAUAAAACCGAGUCGGAUGCAGUAAAAGAGGACAGCGUCACUAAAAUUUACGCAUGCGGAACCAUGUGGCACGAAACCAAAGAAGAAAUGAUGGAAUUUCUGAAAUCCAUUUUGAGAGUUGACGAAGAUCAAUGCGCGCAACGAAUAGUUCGCAAGCAUUUUGAGUACGAGCGGGACGACUACUACGAGUGGGAAACGCACAUUUUCUUUGACGACGCGUUCGUGAGAAAGUCAAAAGAUGACAACGAUCCCCAUCUAAACCAAUACGUCAUGGAUCUGGUCGAGACUGUGGGUGAAGCCGCCACCGAAGUGCAUCAAACAACCGUCCGUAUCCGGCCACCAGUGGUUUACCCCACUCCUUACGGUGGGCGUCUCGUUUGGGUUUUGCCCGGAAAAACAAAAAUGAUCGCUCAUCUUAAAGACAAAGCCAAAAUUAGAGCGAAGAAACGUUGGUCGCAAGUCAUGUAUAUGUAUUACCUACUAGGCCACAAAAUCAUGGAUAACGACGAACUGACCGCCGAAAGAGUUAAAACGAUAUCCAAAAAUACUUUCAUUUUGGCGCUCGAUGGAGAUAUCGAUUUUCAACCUCAGGCGGUGCACCUCCUCGUCCAGUACAUGAAGAAAAACGACGCGUUAGGUGCCGCUUGUGGUAGAAUUCACCCGGUGGGCAGCGGUGCGAUAGCUUGGUAUCAAAUCUUCGAAUAUGCCGUCGGACAUUGGAUGCAAAAAGCCACCGAGCACGUGAUAGGAUGUGUGCUUUGCAGCCCCGGUUGUUUUUCUUUAUUUCGAGCCAGCGCCCUUAUGGACCACAACGUCAUGGCUCGAUACACCACCAAGUCGGAGGAGGCCAGGCAUUACGUCCAAUACGAUCAAGGAGAGGAUCGGUGGCUGUGCACUCUAUUGCUACAGAGAGGAUACCGAGUGGAAUACAGUGCGGCGUCCGACGCUUACACACACUGUCCCGAAGGAUUUAAUGAAUUUUAUAAUCAGAGAAGACGAUGGAUGCCUUCCACCAUGGCCAACAUUAUGGAUCUUCUGCAAGAUUCCGAUCAUAUAGUGAAAGUCAACGACAAUAUUUCUAAAUUCUACAUCUUUUACCAGAUUAUUUUGAUGAUCGGCACAGUUAUCGGUCCAGGAACAAUAUUUCUGAUGUUGGUUGGUGCGUUCGUUGCAGCAUUUAAGCUAACUCAGUUUGCUAGUUUCUUGUGCAACAUAAUCCCGAUUUUGAUAUUCGUUCUGACUUGUAUUUUCUGCAAAUCCGACACUCAGUUAACAGUCGCGGCAAUUAUCAGCGGUAUCUACGGGUUAAUCAUGAUGGCCGUGUUGGUGGGCAUUAUGAUGCAAAUCAACGAAGAUGGCAUACUGGCGCCCUCUUCCAUGUUCUUUUUCUUGAUGGCCGGGGAGUUCGUAGUGGCUGGCAUAAUUCACCCGAAAGAGUUCUACUGUUUACCGUAUGGCGUCAUAUAUUACGUUACAGUGCCUAGUAUGUAUAUGUUGCUGGUCAUAUAUUCGGUGUUUAACAUGAACAAUGUAAGUUGGGGUACGAGGGAAAUCACUGUUGUAGCAAACACUACGCCGGAAAAAGCAGAAGCGCAAGCUAAGAAAAAGAAACAGUCACUAAUAGUGCAGUGGUUGAACUCGGCCGCAGAAUUUUGUUGCCGAAGAGAAAAUUCGGAUCUCAAGUGGAUCCAAACCUCGUUGCAACAUAUCGAACAAAAACUGGACUACAUUGAGCGGGUGCAACUCCUACCUGAAAAUGCGGAACCUAGAAAAACCACGUCGAAAAGGAAAACAACCAUUAUUGAAGGUUCUAGGGCUAGUAUGUUAGGACCCAGGGUGUCUAGAAUGUCAGGUCUUCCUAGGCAAUCGAUAUUACCGAACAAAUCCAAAACCGCUGCGGAUUCCCAAUCGGAUGGAUUCCAAGAAGAGGCGUACGAUGAGUUCUAUGAGGACGAUUCGACAAUUUCACAAUCCGAUGAUUUGCAAGAAAACAGUUGGUUUUACGAUGGAGAAUUGAUUCGAGGCCAUGUUACGUAUUUGGACAAGAACGAAGAGACCUUCUGGAAAGAGUUACUAGAUAAAUAUUUGCAUCCAAUAGAAGAUAACAAGGAAAAAAUCGCAGUGGACUUGAAAGACUUAAGAGAUCGGAUGGUAAUGUCGUUCUUUAUGAUAAAUGCGUUAUUCGUUUUGGUGGUGUUCCUGCUCACGCUGCAGAAAGAUUUGAUCCACGUCAAUUGGCCUUUUAACCCGAAAGUCAAUUUUACUUACACUCUGGCCAGCACUAAAAAUGAGAUUAUUGUUUCAAAAACGUAUUUGGAACUGGAACCCAUCGGUUUCGUCUUUCUUAUAUUUUUCUUCUUCCUGAUGCUAAUCCAAUUCGGGUGCAUGUUCGUUCACAGAUGGGCGACGUUCUCACAGAUUUUAGCCAACACCGAUCUGGACCUGAGCCUCUUCGAAACAAGCAUUGAAAACUUAACGGCUGAUGAACUAUUUGCCAAAGAUCCGCUAAAAACAGUCCGAAAACUGAUCAAGCUGAAAGGCAUUAACGGCGACGACCAGGAAAAAAAUUCGGAACAGCCGGUGUCCAGAAGAAAUACCGUAGCCGAAUUGGUAAGAAAUAGGCAAAACAGGAUCGCCAAAAUUAAUUGUUUGUACAAAGCGUUCGCAAUCAGAAUGGCCAAAAUAAACAGAGGUGAAACGAGCGACACUCAAGUGCCGAAGAAAAUGCUUUCGGCUAUACAACGUAGAAGAACGACCAUCAUGCGGAGAAAAUCACAGAUGCCACGGCCAGAUCCGACCAGAGACGACAGAGAUAUACUUAAAACCAACAAUGGUGGAAUGGCAAAUGACUAUCAGUUUGACAAUCCAGCGUAUGAGGGGGACAGUCAAACAUAAAAAUAGUUUAAUGAAUUCCUAUAGGAAGUGAAAUAAUAUUUGACUCAAACUAGCUGUGUUAUUUUUCGAAGGCAUAAAAAAGUAAUAAAUAUUAAAACAAUAAUU